AUGUCCUAUCCUCAGGGUUACCUUUACCAGCCCCCGGGCUCUUUGGCUCUUUAUUCCUGUCCGGCUUAUGGGGCCUCGGCGCUGGCUGCUCCGCGGAAUGAAGAUCUGGCGAGAUCGUCCUCCGGCUCAGCUUUCAGCCCGUACCCUGGAUCGGCUGCUUUCUCUGCCUCGGCCAGCGCAGGCUUCUCCAGUCCGCUGUCUUACUCUACGGACCCCGCUACAGGAUUCCCGCAAUACAUGAGUUCUCCAUAUGAUGCACACACGACGGGCAUGGCCGGGGCGUUAAGUUACCACCCUUACGGGAGUCCAGGGUACCCCUAUCAACUCAACGACCCGGCAUACCGCAAGAACGCCACUCGGGACGCCACAGCCACCCUGAAGGCUUGGCUGCAGGAGCAUAGAAAGAACCCCUACCCGACCAAAGGGGAAAAGAUCAUGUUGGCCAUCAUCACAAAGAUGACCCUGACUCAGGUCUCCACCUGGUUCGCCAACGCCAGGAGGAGACUAAAGAAGGAAAACAAGAUGACAUGGGCGCCCAGGAAUAAGAGCGAGGAUGAGGAUGAGGAGGAUGGGGACGGCGAGAGGAAGGAUGUGGAGCGAUCGGAAAAGAACCUGGACAACAGCGAGGCUUCGGCCGAGGAUGAAGGUAUUAGUUUGCACGUGGACACGCUCACGGACCACUCGUGUUCUGCUGAGUCAGACGUGGAGAAGGUGGCGUGCCGGGUGGGAGAUUUAAGCUCUGAUCAGGCCCGGGACAAAUGCGAAGAUUACGUUGAAGAACAGAACCACGCCUCUCGCUUACAGCUCCCCUCCAAAUCGCUCACAACCUCGCCUCUAAUGGGAGUCGAAGCGCCGGCUUUCACUCAUCAGCACCACCACCUUCAUCACUUCCAACAACUCCAACGCGAGGAUUUAGCUCGGAGCCUCGGCAUGAGCAACACCAUUAAUGCCAAUAAAUCUUGCCUUGACAGCAGACCGUCCACGGGAGUUUCUCAGAACCCAAAACCCAAAUUGUGGUCACUUGCGGAGAUUGCUACCUCAGACCCAAAGCAGCAACUAGGGCAGUCAAACUGCCCCUCCUCCUCUUCCUCCAGUGGGGGCCUUCUUACUCCCCCGACUCCCUCCUCAGCCUCUCCGUCUGCCACUUCACCCAAUAUCUAUCCGACCCCCUCCCUCAUCGGAAGACCUAUUUAUUACACGUCGCCCUUUUAUAGCAAUUACACAAACUAUGGUAACUUUAGCCAACUGCAAAGCCAAAGCAUCCUGCGCUACUCCAACUCAUCUGGGGUAAGUCUGGCUGCAGCAGCCGCCGCCGCAGCAGCAGCCGCAGCAGCCGCUGCAGCCAGCGAAGGUCUCGGCCAUAAUCAGACUCCUGAGGCCGGCCCGCAGCCGAAACAACUCAGGCCCGAAUCCCCACAGCUAAAAAUAAACUCAAAUCAGGCUCUUGUUGGUGAUGAGCAACAUCAAAAACAUCAUUUCAGGCCUGUAAACCUGGACUCAAAGAAAGGAACGUAG